AUGUUCGUGUUCCCAAAACCAGCCCCCGAGCCCAAUACCAGUUCUACUGAUGCUGCUGAUGUUGCUGAACUACUCGUAAGUCUUUCAAUCUUUGGGUUCAGCCAACUCUCUGCCACUGAUCAACAUGAGAAGACGAAAAAAAUCUAUGAUAAAGUAGUUGAAGAUGUUGUAGUUCAGCAAAUCCCGGAGGAGAGUGAAGAGGAUUUUAGACUCAGAACAUUCACAGAGCUAUUCAAGAAACUUCCCUUACCUGAUCAGAACCAUUUCCUGUCAACUGUUAUAAAGAAGUUCAAGCGCGAGAGGCAAAUUGGCGAGUUGGUCUCUUGGUUCAGUACUCAACUAGACGCCAAUGAUCAAAAUCAACUGAUUGAAGAAAUUUUUCAUGUUAAACCUGAUGAGGAAACUAAUGAGGAUUUCAGACUCAAAAGAUUUACACAGCUUUGUAAGGAUUAUACUGACUAUGUUGUCGCCUGCAGGGAAGAAUAUGUCAAGAAACCAAAACAUACACAACAGACAUCCGAUACUCAUGAAGUUUGUCCGGAUUUGCAGUCCCGUUUUGCUGAGUUUUUCUUAGGUUUCUCAAUUAUAUGGUUCAAGGGACAAAGCUCAUAUGAUCAAUGGCAGCUGAUUGACCAACUCUGUGAUGGAGUUAAGGGUGUUAUGGUUGAGAAGCUCGUAGACGAAAGUGAGGCAGAUUUCAACCUCAGAAGAUUCACAGAGCUAUGUAAGAAAGUGGCUGACUUUGGUGUACAAGUCCACUUCCUUGACAAAGCUGAACAGAAGCUGCUGCACAAACGAAGAUAUCUUCCGCACGGGGUGCUACUUCAGCCCCAAGAUUCUGCCAGUGCUGCUGAUUUACUCUCGCAGCUCUCAAGUUUCUGGUUCAGCCUACUAUCCCCCAAUGAUCAACAAGACGAGAUUGAACAAAUCUCUAACAAACUUGCUGCCGGAGAUGUUAAUGUCGAAAGACUUGCAGGGGAAACAGAGGAAGAUUUGAGAAGGAAAAGAUUCGCAAAGCUGUUUAAUAAAGCUCCGGCAACUGGAUUCCAAUGA